UGUUGUUUUUGUUCCUGCAAGAGCUGUUUGAAGUAAAGGAUUUAAAAUAAAUUAAUGAAAAGAAAACGAAGGAGAGGAAAGAAUCCAAGUACAUUGAAGAAAAAAGAAGAAACCCUUACCCUUGAAAUCUAAAUAAUGACAAGAAACAGAAAUCGAUGAAGAUAGAUGGGGAACCGUAUUUGCAGGUCUAGGAGGAGUACCGUCGAAGACCGAUUCACGAGGCCACAGAGACUAGUUCGUGAGCCUUCUGACUUUGAUUACAAGAAGCUUCGUAAGCUUAUCCUUUCAGAGAAGCUUGCACCUUGCUUUGAUGGAGUUGAAGACUCAAAUAAUCCUGACCUUGAAGAAUGCCCUAUCUGUUUCUUCUAUUUCCCGAGCUUGAACCGGUCGAAAUGUUGCUUGAAAGGGAUUUGCACUGAAUGCUUUCUGCAGAUGAAGCCUUCGGGUGCUACACUUAAUGCACAAUGCCCAUUUUGUAAAACUCCAAGCUAUGCUGUUGAGUACCGUGGUGCCAGGACCCAGGAAGAAAAGGGCUUGGAGCAAGCUGAAGAACAAAAGGUCAUUGAGGCCAAAAUAAGAAUGCAACUGCGGGAAUCACAAAAUGCAAAUCAGGUCAACUUAGUCAACCAAAAUUCAUCACCAGUGGAAAUCCUGUCUACAACAUCAGGCUCCAUCGAGCCAUCUAAUGUAGGUGGUGAACAGAAUUUAAGAGGCUCGGAGCUGUCUUUAUCAGGUGGAAUUGUUGAGGUUGCUGGAUCUCCUGUAAAUGCCUGGAAUGAAAGGAGUGAUGAAUUUGGUCUGGAUCUUGAAGAAAUCAUGGUAAUGGAAGCUAUCUGGCAAUCUAUCCAGGAUUCUAGCAUAGCCAAAUGCACAACUCAGCAAUCUUCACGUUCAAAUGGCACAGGAGGUGAGACCCGUAGAUCAAAUCAAGGCACUGUAUCAUUGGCAUCGGUUCAUCAAGAAGAGUUACGAUCCACAGGUUCAGUGACCGGUGGAAUUGCAGUUGCAAUUGCGAGAAUGGCUGAAAGUAACAUUCUUCAUCCAGAAAAUUCUCAGUCAAUCCAUGACAAUGAGAUGGUUCAAGACCAAAAUGAAAAUUCUGUAGGACAUCAGAGCUGCACCCCGAGCCCCAUAUUUGAGGGAGGACCUGUUACAUCUGAUACGGAGCCAGAUUUUGAUGAUGUGCAUUCAGAAAAUGCUUGCCUGGAAAGUUGUUUUUCUGCGACUGAGGAUGAGUCCUGGGGAUUGCACUCAGCCUAUUCCUUUAAUGGGAGUGAAUGCUCAUCAGAUGGGUCAAUCUCUGAUGAUGAACUGGCAGCAGAGGAGUUCCCUGAUAUUGAAUCUUCCUGUCUGAGCAGUGUCCACACAAUCUCUGAUUCAUCUUGUGAAAGCCCAAAUUGCUCCGACACAGGUGGGCAACUGACCGAUUCACAUCUUUCAGUUGAAAGGCAUCAAAGACAGUUUUCCAGCUAUUAUUGUUAUUCAAUGUCCCACUUUUAAAUUAGCAUCAAUGGUGAGAUAUAUGCCUUUGUUCUUAUUGGUUUCACCUGAUUUGCUGUAUAGCUACUUCAUAUUCCUAUAUUUUCUUGACAGAUAUAUGAUGGUGGGGGCAAAAACCUGGAGCCAUUAUUUGGCCUUUGGAGAAUAUAAGGCAGGAUGUGGAGAAUUCAAAGAAUGAAUGUCCUACUCAAUAAAGUUUUGUGUCCUUCCCCACUUUCGUGGAGUGCUUGUCCGUCGU